CUAGGUCAGGCAAGCUACGGGCUCCUACUGCUCCCAACGAACUUCAACACAAUGGUCUUCACAUUCUGGAAGGCUUUUCUGAUCCUAAACUGCCUUGCAGGUCAGGUUAACCUGGUGCAAGUGACCAUCCCAGACAGUUUCGUAAAUGUGACUACUGGAUCUGAUGUCACUCUUCUCUGCUUCUACACCACCACUGUGGCCUCCACGGACAAGCUGUCCAUCCAGUGGUCUUUCUUUCAUAAGAAGGAAAUAGAGCCACUUACUGUUUACUAUUCUGAAGGUGGAGAAGGUCAGGCCUCUGGACAAUUCAAAGAUCGAAUUAUAAGGUCCACCAUUCCAGGUAAUGCGUCUAUCACUAUAUUGCGUAUGCAGCCAGCAGACAGUGGAAUUUACACCUGUGAUGUCAACAACCCUCCAGACUUUGUUGGCAAUAACCAAGGCACUCUGCACGUCACUGUGUUAGUCAAACCUUCUAAGCCACUUUGUAGCAUCCAAGGAAGACCAGAAAUGGGCCAUAGUAUUUCUCUGACUUGCCUCUCUUCUUUUGGAACACCAUCUCCUGUGUACCACUGGUAUAAACUCGAGGGAAAUAAUGCUGUGCCAGUGAAAGAAAGCUUCAACCCAAACACUGGAAUUUUGGUUAUUGGAAAUCUGACAAAUUUUGAACAAGGUUAUUACCAGUGUACUGCUAUCAACAGUGUUGGCAAUAGUUCCUGUGAAAUUGAUCUAACCUCUUCACACCCAGAAGUUGGGAUCAUUGUUGGUGCCUUGAUUGGUACCCUGAUAGGUGCUGCCAUCAUCAUUUCUGUGGUGUGCUUUGCAAGGAACAAGGCAAAGGAAAAAGAAAGGAAGAGGAAUUCUAAAACUACCACAGAACUUGAACCAAUGACAAAGAAAAAUGAAACCCGAGAGAAUGAAGCCAUUCCAAUGGAAGAUGUUAUCCAGCUAGAAGCAACUCUGCCACCCUCCACUCAUGACACUGACCCUACUAUCAUCUUGGAACCAGACCAUGAGCCUGCCCCAAAGCCAGAGCCUGUCCUAGCACCUGUCCUAGGAAAGGAGCCUGUUCAGAUGCCUGAGAUUGAGAUUGAGCUGGAGCCAGAGCAGGUACUGGAGCUGGAGCCAGAGCCAGAGCCAGAACCAGAGACAGAGCCUGGGGUUUUGGUUGAGCCCCUGUGUAAUGAGGAAAAGGAUGUGAUUAAGACAUAAAUUAGUGCCCUGAGUACAUCAUUCAUCACUAAGGAACCCAUUCAUUGUAUCUGGAAUUCACUUGACCUAACCAGUCCACACCCCCUCCCUCCAUUCUGACCAAGCCUCUUCUAACAAGGUGCUCAUUUUUAACAUGAAUCCAAAAUAAAAGGGUCAGGAUAACUAUUAAAUAAAUGCAAGGGUUCCUGCAUCAUCAAUAGAGAAUACCUAAAAUUAUACUAACAUGCAUAAUAAAUGACAAGGCAAGUGAUUUCUAACUCAUUUGAAAGAAUUUUUCUGAAAUAUUCAGAAAUCUUUCUUGUUUUUAGCUUUUCUUCAUAUGUUCCACAUGCACACACGAUAAGGUGGCAUUAAUUAGAUUCAAUAUAUUUUCUAGGAUUAAUUAGUUGUCAGGCUUCCCUAUUCGUUGUUAUAUUUACCACUAAGAAAAGAAUUUGACAGCACUAUCUCAUAGAUUAGGAAAAAGUUCUUCAAAAUCAACAGAGGUGUGUGUGUGUGUGUGUGUGUGUGUGUGCGUAUUUAGCAUUUAAAACCAGGUUUUAUAAUUGAUACAUUUAUCCUGAUAGAUUUCCAAAUGAAUCAUCCUGGUGACUAAUAUCUAAGCACAGCAGAAUUUUAAAAUAAUCCAAUAUUUAAAUGCCAAAUACUAUACAGGCAAACAAUUAGAAGUAUAAUUUUCCUUCAGUGAAUGCAAAGUGUUGAUAGAUGAUGUACAAGUUAGCUUUGAAUAUAGGUAUUACGUUAUCACUGUGAUGUUAUUUUUAUCUACUUUGAAGGGGCACACUAGGAAAGUGUUCUCAAUGAACACUUCAGAUCUAUUUUAGAUAAUAACAACUACUUACAAAAUCUGUUUUACUGUUGGUAUACUCCACAUUGAUAAAGAGAUGUUAUUCUUGUGUAUAUGCUACAUAUUAACAAAAAUGCAUUGAUAUCUCCUUUUCUUCACUUGUGAAGUUUUUUCAUGAUCUUAUUUCACUCAUAUCUCACCUUGAAGAAAUUUACAGGUAGACAC